ACCCUUAACAAAGAAAAGCAAUUGCUUUUCAUUCAUUCGGAUUCUUCACAGUUGAAAAAAUGGGAAAGAACAAGAAGAAGACAAUGUCUGGUGGCGAUAGCCAACACUCACCUUCCACCAUUUUUGUUAACAAUUUACCUUACUCUUUCACUAAUGCUCAGUUGGAGGAGACGUUCAGUGAAAUUGGACCAAUUAGGCGGUGCUUUAUGGUUACCAAUAAAGGUUCAAGCGAGCAUCGAGGCUUUGGCUUUGUCCAAUUUGCAUCCGUAGACGAUGCUAGCCGUUCCAUCGAGCUAAAAAAUGGAUCAGUGGUUGGAGGAAGGAAAAUUGGUGUUAAACAGGCUAUGCAGCGUGCGCCUCGUGAACAGCGACAAUCAAAGGGGGAUCAAGCUGCACAAGCAAAAGAUGGCAAGGAUGACCCUUCUACUGAUGCAGUUGAGCACAAACAAGCUUCAAGCCUGCAGGAAGCAGAAAGUACUGCAAAAUCAAAGGAAGGAAAGGAUGGUCCUUCUACUGAAGCAGCUAAGCACAAACAAGCUUCAAACCCGCCGAGAACAGAAAAUUCAGGGAAACCCACUAGAAAAUUAAAGGCUACAUUGCUUUGCAAUGCUGCAGCUGAUGAAGGAAAUUAUUCAGGAAAGCAGAGGGUCGCCAGGACAGUUAUAAUAGGAGGUAUUGUAAAUGCGGAUAUGGCUAAAGAGGUUCACCAGCUUGCGGCGGAGUGUGGCACCAUAUGUUCUGUUACUUACCCUCUUCCAAAAGAAGAGAUUGAAAAUCAUGGGCUAGCACACGAUGGUUGUAAAAUGGAUGCUUCAUCGGUACUUUUCACUAGUGUCAAAUCAGCUCAAGCUUGUGUUGCAUCACUACACCAAAAGGAAGUACAUGGAGCAACGCUUUGGGCACGCCAACUUGGUGGAGAGGGCUCAAAGACUCAAAGGUGGAAACUUAUAGUGAGAAAUCUUCCUUUCAAGGCCAAAGUGAACGAGAUAAAAGAUAUGUUCUCAAAAGUUGGCUUCGUGUGGGAUGUUUUUAUCCCUAAGAAUCUUGAGACAGGAUUAUCAAAGGGAUUCGCAUUUGUCAAAUUUACGUCGAAGCAGGAUGCAGAGAAUGCUGUAAAAACAUUUAAUGGGAAAACAAUGAGUAAACGAACUAUUGCUGUUGAUUGGGCCGUUUCCAAAAAGGUUUAUGCAUCUGGCAGUCAAUCUUCAGCAACUGCAACAGAUGAACAGAGUGCAAAAGAUGAUAGUGGUAGUGAUACGGAGGAUGAAGACAUUGACAUUGAUGGAAAAUCUCAGCAAGCUGAAGGGGACGAAGAUGACUCUGACCUUUUAGAAGAAGAUAUCCAAACUGAAGUUAACUUUGAUGAGGAAGUGAACAUUGCAAAAAAAAUUCUCCAGAACUUCAUUUCUCCAACUUCAGUAGGGCCAGAUUCUUCAGCAAAUGAUCUUUCAAGCCCCCAAAAGAAGGGAAAGGAAGUUGGCGCUAUUCUCCCACUGGAUGAACCAGCGGAUGCAUCUACUCCGAAUAAAGCAGCAGACGACGUUUUAGGUAAGGGCAAGAUCAAUGCUAUGCCAAGUGAGGGAGCAGAUGAUCUACUGGGGACAGUUUUCAUUAGCAACCUUCCUUUUGAUGUUGAUUAUGGAGAUGUCAAACAGCGGUUUUCAGCUUUUGGUGAAGUGGAGUACUUUGCUCCAGUGCUUGAACAAGUCACCAAACGACCAAGGGGUACUGGAUUUCUCAAAUUUAAAACAGCAGAAUCUGCUGAAGCUGCUAUUUCUGCUGCUAGUGCUGCGGAUGGUUUAGGUGUCUUUCUGAAGGGUCGGCAAUUAAAGAUUUUUAAGGCCUUGGACAAGAAAGCUGCUCAUGAUAAGGAGUUGCAGAAGACCAAAAAGGAAGAUAAUGAUCAUCGCAACCUUUACCUGGCAAAGGAGGGUCUUAUUUUGGAGGGCACGCCAGCUGCUGAAGGUGUUUCAGUGAGUGAUAUGUCAAAGCGAAAGGGGCUGCAAGAAAAGAAGAUGAUCAAGCUGAAGUCCCCAAAUUUCCAUGUGUCAAGGACACGGCUGAUUAUAUACAAUCUUCCCAAGUCAAUGACUGAAAAACAGCUGAAAACACUUUGCAUUGAUGCAGUUACUUCUCGUGCCACUAAGCAAAAGCCUGUUAUCCGGCAGAUAAAGUUUUUGAAAGACGUGAAAAAAGGACAAGUAGUGGCAAAGAAUCAUUCUCGUGGAGUAGCUUUUCUUGAAUUCUCAGAGCAUGAACAUGCACUUGUGGCUUUGAGAGUUCUUAACAACAAUCCUGAGACUUUUGGUACCGAGCAUCGUCCAAUAGUGGAGUUUGCUCUUGAUAAUAUCCAAACAAUGAAGCAUCGCCAGAAGCUUCAGCAGCAAGGUUUUAACAGGAACAAAAAAGAUUUGCCGAAGAAUGACAAUACAAAUGAACGGGAUAACCACAAUAAACAGUCGAGAAAACGCAAGGCCACAGGAGAUGCGUUAUCAGUUGCAGGGAAUAGAGACGAAGCUAAAAACAAGCAUGUCAGAGGUGCCAAAGAUGGAGAUCGACCGAAAAACAGAGGUGUUAAAGGAGCCAUCUCUGCAGAAGGAGACGAGCAGAAGAACAAGAAGAUAGGUAAAAAGCUGAGGGGGGCAAAACCGGAGCUUAAAGAUAAUCGAGAAGGAAAUAAGCAUGGUGGCUUUGGCAGUGAAAGUUCAGAUACUGCUGCUCUCAAGGUUGGACGUAAAGAAGAUGUUGCAGUGAGAACAAAAAAGAGGAAGUUUGAGGAUAAAACUAACCAACAGAAACAAGAAAUCAGUGUACAGAACAAGAAAAGGGAUAAAAAGAAAAAAGACCCCCUUGGACGAGAUGUAGUAGACAAACUAGAUAUGCUUAUUGAACAAUAUACAUCCAAAUUCACACACAGCAGUUCUAAUCAAACUAACGGUAACCAGCAGCGCUCUAAGCAGCAGCUUAAGAGGUGGUUCCAAUCCUAAACCAUUCUCAAGUUCUUAUGUAGCUUCAUUUUAUGGUGAUAGUAAGAACAACUGAGUUGUCGGUUUUGGUUUGUAUUUUGUUGUAUUUCCCCCCUAAAAUAUCUGUCAACAGUUACAGUUUAAAAAAUAUGAGAUAACAAUUUUAAUCAAAGAUUUUCUUCUUUUUGCA